AUGCCUGACGUUAUUGUUAAAGGUUCCUCGACCCCUCUUCUUCCGCUUCCCGAUCGAAAUCAGUCAUCAUUAAGUGCAGGUGAUCCAGCUACCCCAUUGUCUAAUGAAGAGGAGCCGCCAGAAGCCCAAAUGGAAGAGAACGACGACCAGCUAUCGCCUCUUCACAAAGUCAUCCAAAACUAUGAUUCCGGGGACACUGUCACUGACAAAACUAUCAAUCAAAUGAUGGAAAUCUUUCAGGAUAAAGACGAAGAGCAAACAAAGGCAAUCGCGAAUGCAAAAACGAAGAAAAGAAGGACACCGCUUCAUUUUGCAGCCUCACUUCAAUCAACAAACGAUGACAUGACUCCAAGAGAAAUCGUCAGAAUGCUGAUAGAGAAGAAGGGUGAAACAGAUGCGGUCGACGAUUCUGGCAUGACCCCUUUGCAUUGUGCGGCUUACUGGAAUAAUUUGGGCGCGGCUAAGGCUCUGAUUGAACACUUUUUAACGCAAGGAGAUAUAUACGCGACAAAAAUCUUUCAAAAAUUGGAUCUUAAGAAUAGAACGCCCUUUGUGGUGGCUUGUGCGCAGAAGUCAAAAAAAGUUUACACGCUUUUUCUAAAACAUAAGGAGUUGUUCGCGGCUAGCUUGCAACAGGAUCACUACGGCAACACAUUUCUACACUAUCUUGCCAGAUCUGAGCGAAGCAUUGUUGCUGAUUUCGAAAGUGUCGAUGAAUGGUGGAAAGCAAAUGUCCAAAACAACGACGGUGUCACUCCGCUGAAAAUUCUCGUCGAGAGGGGAUUCUCAGAAAUCGUUGAAAAAAUGUGCGAUGGGCUUUGUCAGAAUCGCGAAAAGGUGGAUAUCACUCCGUCUGCAGAUGAUUUUACCAAAAAAAAGAAGAUUAGAAAAGACAAUGGACACCUGCUGCACCUUGCUGCCAGUGUCGGAAAUCUUCAAUCGUUCGUUGCGCUCCGUUAUAAGUUAUGCUACGAAGUCGAUGAAAAGUACGAUGGAAUGACUCCGCUUCACUUGACCGCACAAGUGAACGCUUGGGAAAGUGCUGUGCGGUUCCUCGACUACGGAAUCGAGCGCGGAAUCUCUGCCAAAGAGUUGUGUUUUGAAGAGAAUGAUCAACGGGAGAAUUUAUUGGCAAUCGCCUUCGCCUACAAUCAUCCGACGUAUAUUACAAAAUUGAUCGAGAAAAUGGAAAAAGAUGUCGGCUGCGAUGAUUUCGAUGCAAGCCAUACAAGUGCAAUCCAGAAAGCUAUUCAGUGUGGCUCAAUAGAGGGGUUACAAGACUUGCUUCAAGGAAAAACUCUGAGAAACACUAUAAAAUUGGAUGAAAUCUUGGAGGAAGAGAAUGAGAACGGAGAGUCGGUGUUGCAUUUCGCUGCAAGGAGUGGAUGUCUUAACGUGGUUGAGGAGCUGUUGAAAAAGAAAGUAGUUCGUCAAAUCCUCAAUGCGACGGCUGCCGGAAAUCGAACGCCACUUCAUGUUGCUGCUAGAAAUGAUCAUGCCAAAAUCUGUGAAGUCCUUCUCCGGAAAGGAGCCAACCCGUAUGCUCGAGCCAAUGGGAUGACUCCUUUUGAUUUAGCAAUAACGAUGGGCAGCUUGAACAGUGCUGAAGUUCUUCGAAAGUACUGCAGUGUCAACGGAGAGCGUGAAUGCAAAAUGUCUCCACUGCACUAUGCAGCGGCCAGUGGCAAAAUAGAAAGUGUGCAUUAUCUCCUCGAUUCCGCAAAUGGAAAAAUUGAUCUUGCCAAGGUCACAAACGACGUAACGAAGAGAACGGCUCUUGACAUUGCAAUUGAAAAAAACAAUGAAGAUGUAGCCAAAGAGCUAUUAUCACACAAAGAUUGGCGUCUUCUAAUGGACAAAAUAAGAUUCGUCUUCUCUGAUGAAACAAAUAAGGUUGAAAUUGGUUCCCCAAAGACCAAACGAGAGGAGAUCUCUGAAGAAAAGAGGAAACUUGUGACACCAAUGCGACUGCUCAUCGACAAAUUUCCCAAAUUGGCGGCGGAUGUCAUGAACAAGUGCAUCGAUCCAGAUCAGGCUAAGAAGGAGAUCUGCUACGAUUUUACCCUGAUAGACGAUUCUUACGUUGUCGAGCAAGAGAUUGAUGGACAAACGAUUCUCAAAGCCGGCUACAACAGCGAUGGCUCUGUCAUCAAAGAAGCGAAUUACUUCUUUGAUGACAGAGCUAAGAAGAGGACGCGACUAAUGGAAGAACACCCACUAAGACUGAUGGCGAAAUCACGGAGAAAAGAUACAAGGAAGUUGCUGGAGCAUGAGUUGGUCACCACUUUUCUUGAGUAUCGUUGGACAAAUGGUGCGCGAAAAAACUACUUGCUUUUUUCCUUCGUUCCAUUUUGCCUUUUCUUCUUUUGCUAUAUCCUCAUGUUUGUUUUUAUGCUCGGCGAUCAAUUUGUUGAUUCAAAAGGGCAAAUGAUUGCAGGAAACGAAACGGGAAACACCACUCUUCAAGAGCAGAUAUCAAAAUCAAAAUCAAAUUUUAUUCGAGAUCGUUCAGGCACAUUCGAGAGUUUUUGUCCACAAAUUUCGGCUAUUGUUCUGCUGCUUCUAGUUAUCCUUGUUAUCUACUUAUUAAUAAAAGAGAUCUUCCAAUGGUGGCAAACUCGCGCGCUUUACUGGAAAAGGGGCAAUUUGAUCGAGCUGGUUGUGCUCUUGCUUUCUUCUAUCAUCAUCGUUUGGAGGAUUGUUGAGCUCUUUCAAGGAAAAAAAUACAAUUUUUUGUUCUGGCCGAUCGCUGUGCUGUCAUUUCUUGGACUGACACUCAAUCUGCUGAUGCUGCUGAGCACUUUCUUCUUUCUCCUACAAAAUCAGGAUGUGCUAGAGAAUCCACUUAUCUCUCUCAUCAAGGUCUCUGUGAUGUCAACGGGAGAAUUUGAUUUCAGCAGUUUAUUCUAUGGAGAUGACGUAGAAUUGCUGAGCGUUUUGGCUGUCGAAACGCCUCAAGUGCUGUUGGUCCGCAUAGCUAGCUUUAUCGUCUUCCUGCUUUUCAUCGUGACAAUCACGAUUUUGUUCAUGAAUCUGUACACAGGCGUGGCCGUUGACGACGUUGCCGAAAUCAAGGAAGAGGCCACGGUUAACAAGUUGUCAAUGCAGUUGAGUUUGAUACUCAUCCAAGGCAUCAUAUGCGAGAAGUUGAUGCGAAACGCCAAAUACAAGAUCAUUGUUGACUUUGCAAAAGACAAAAGUUCAACGAAAAUUGAAGACAAAAACGAUCAACCAAAACGAAUAAAUCUAUUCUCAAAUCCAAAUGACGAAUGGGAGGAAUUGUUGAGGAAACGGGACGAAUCGACGAAUCGUUCUAUGGAAACAAGAAUGACCGAAAUGGCUGCUCAUUUGUUAGAGAUCACAAGAAUGCUUAAAGCAAGCCAAGCAGGUCAGCAAGCAAGCCAAGCAGGUCAGCAAGCAAGGCAAGCAGAACGAUCAUCU